AUGUCGAUGAUUGGUUCAACAAAAAAUUAUUCUCCCGAGCAGUUAGAAAAAGCUGUAGAAGCUGUUAAAAUGCCGAUAAGAUUGCAGUUGCUGCUAAACGUUUCGGAGUACCUAGCUAUUCAAUUGGAGAAAAAGCCAGCCAAGGUCCAAGCUGCAACAUUUAUGGCUGUAAUAGGUCCAGACGCGAUCGAAAUUUACAACAGUUUCAAUCUCAGCGACGCAGACAAAAAUAACCUGCAAACCAUCAUAAAUAAGUUUGUUGAGUAUUUUGCGCCAAAAAGCAACAUAUCUUUCGAGAGAUACAUAUUUUUCAAGAUCGAACAAAACGAAGAUGAACAUUUCAAUGAGUUUUUGACCAGAAUAAAGACCCAAGCAAGAAAAUGUGAAUUCGACAAUUUGCUCGACGAAAUGUUGAAAGACAAGAUAGUAUUUGGAAUCAGAUCUAAUCAACUGCCCCUGUCCAAAGCUGCCCCCCUCUCCCCUAAUAAGUGCAAGAAAAAUGGUCACUUCGCAAAUAUGUGCAAAUCAAAAAAGAAAUAUGAUGAUAAAAAGAAUAAAAACAGAGUGAAUACAGCAGCAACAGAAGAAAGCUCAAAUUCAGAAGACGAAGUAUUCAUAUCAGUGUUAUGUAGCGGAGAAAAAAAAGACUGGUCUGAAAGUAUACAAGUUGGUGAAGCAGAGCUACUAUGCAAAAUAAAAAAUGAAGAAACCAAUAUAACAUUCAAAGUAGUUGAGGAGAGGGUUACACCGAUUCUGGGACUCGAAACCUGCAAGAAAUUAAGACUCAUUGCUCGAGUAAAGUCACUGAAAGAGAGCACCAAAGACAUAUUUAACGGCCUAGGAUGCUAUAAGAACUACGAAUAUGAUAUAGACUUAAUCGAAAAUCCAAAGUUUGAAAUAAAACCAUCUAGAAGAAUACCACAUGCAAUAAGAAAAGAGGUGAAGCACGAACUAGAUAGAAUGGUAAAGAUGGAUGUAAUAAAACCAGAGACUGAGCCAACUCCUGCAGUGAGCCCAAUGGUAGUGGUAAGGCAGAAGGACAAAAUUAGAAUAUGUAUUGACCCUUCUGAUGUGAAUAAAAAUAUUCUCCGACGUCAUUACCCACUCACAACGAUAGAAGAAAUAUCAGCAGACAUAAAAGGCUCAAAGUAUUUUGCAUUACUUGACUGUACCAAAGGGUUCUGGCAGAUUAGAUUAACAGAGAGGACACAAAAGAUACUUACAUUUGCUACACCUUGGGGAAGAUACUCUUUCAAAAGACUUCCCUUCGGGGUCUCAUCAGCACCUGAAAUUUUCCAAGAAAUACUCAGUAAUUUGCUCUGUAAGUUUCAAAAUGUGAGAGUAGCAAUCGACGAUAUCUUCAUUUAUGACAAAAGUAAGGAUGAAUUACACAAAACUGUCAGAGAAGUCAUCGAUGUUUUGAAUAAAUCAGGUUUCAAACUUAACAAAAAUAAGUGCAUUAUGGAGGCACAAAGAAUAAAAUUUUUGGGACAUAUAGUGUCAGCCAAUGGACUUGAAGCUGACCCAGAAAAAGUCGAGGCCAUACAAGCAAUGAAAACACCCAAAAAUAAAACAGAAUUACAAAGAUUAUUGGGGAUGAUCACAUAUCUAAACAAAUUUAUUCCCAACAUGGUCAGACCUUACUAG